GAUGUUAUCAAGGAGGAGAACCUGAGAGAUGACCUGAGGUACUACUUCAUGAGUCCAUGUGAGAAAUACAGGGCCCGACGACAAAUACCCUGGAAACUGGGAGUUCAGAUCCUGAAAAUCAUCAUGAUCACCACACAACUCAUCCUGUUUGGCCUCAACAACCAGCUGGUGGUGUCCUACAAGGAAGAGAACGCCAUGACCCUCAAAAACCUUUUCCUGAAGGACUACCCUGGGGUGGACGAGGAUGACUACAGUGUCGCUGUCUACACCCAACACAGUGUCUAUAACAGCCUGUUUUAUAUCCUGGAUCAGCCAGCUGGGCCGGCUCACUACGGGUCCCAUCAGUUACGCUGAGGAUGAACACGGCCAGUUGCUGCCCCUCGUCAUCUGUAAAGAGUACUACAAAAGAGGCAGCGUGGAGCCCUCAGAUGAGUCCUACGACAUAGAUGCCCAGCUAGAGACAGUUUGUAUGUCACAUGACCCAAAGACUGCAAACCUGUGGAGAACCCAAAAUUCAUCCUUUUUUGAUCUGGACUUUUACAGGCUUGUCGACAUCAAAAUAUCCUUCCAGCUGAAGGGAGUCAACCUCCAGACAGUACGCUCACGGGAGUUACCUGACUGCUACUCUUUCUAUGUCACGAUAACAUUUGACAAUCAGUGUCACAGUGGAAAGGUGAAAAUAUUCCUGGACAUGGAUGCUCAAAGCAGUGCAUGCAGAGACUGGAAGAUAUCUGGGACGGCUCAGAAGAACACACACUAUCUCCUGAUAUUUGACGGCUUCGUCAUUCUGAUUUGCCUCACGUCAGCUGUGCUGUGCACCCGCUCCAUCGUACUGGCUGUCAGGUUACUGCAGAGAUUCUCCCGAUUCUUCCAUGAGAACUACAAUCGUAAAGUGUGUGAGGACGAUCAGAGGGAGUUUCUGAACGGCUGGUAUGUGCUGGUCAUCGUCAGCGACUUCAUGGCCAUAAUUGGAUCCAUAUUGAAGAUGGAAAUACAAGCAAAGAGUCUGACCAGUUACGACGUGUGCAGUAUCUUCCUGGGAACAUCUACGUUACUGGUGUGGGUUGGUGUGAUCAGGUACCUGGGAUACUUCCAGAAAUACAAUGUACUGAUUUUAACCAUGAAAGCAGCCUUCCCCAAGGUCCUCCGCUUCUGCUGCUGUGCUGGCAUGAUCUACCUUGGCUACACCUUCUGUGGGUGGAUUGUACUGGGCCCGUACCAUGAGAAGUUUGAGGGCCUGAGUCGUGUGGCGGAGUGCCUGUUCUCCCUGUUGAACGGUGACGACAUGUUCACCACCUUCGCCCAGCUGAAGGACAAAAACACGUUGGUGUGGCUCUUCAGCCGGGCGUACCUCUACUCCUUCAUCUCCCUCUUCAUUUACAUGGUGCUGUCGCUCUUCAUCGCUCUCAUCACAGACGCCUACGAGACCAUCAAGAACUACCAGAGGGAUGGAUUCCCUUUGACGGACCUGCAGAAGUUCCUCAGAGAGCAGAAAGAUUUUCCUGUUGUAGAGGAGAACGGUCAGACAGACGUUCACGUCAGACACUCUGUGCUCUGCUGCUGCCAACGAGUUCCAGAAAAUGACGACAUCAUACUGAUCAGCUGACAGCUGUCCCAUCUCCAGAUGAGACGGUUAAGGGAGGCGGAGGAGGAUGCUGGGAACAGGAUUUCAUGGGUCUGAUGCAGACUUCAGAUACCCUGAUGCAGAAUCCUGGAACAUGUAGAGAUAUAUGUUCCAGGAAUAGGAUUCUGUGAAGUGAAACGUGAAAGACCAAACAAGUUUCCUCUAUUGAACAUGAUACUGGAGCUCAAGCUCAAAAAUUGGAACUGGGACCAGGACCAAGAGGUUUCACAUGUUGUUUACCUGUAUCUGGUGGAGUUCAGGAUAUUGACAAAGAAUUUACUGCGCCUUUUUCAGGCGUGCUUAUGUGUUAGUUGCCAAAGAACUGGAUUCAGUGCUGUUUUGCACUUGUCUCUUUACUGGGUUUCUAAACCUGACUAAACACUGGGUCUGUGCAGUGUCAUGCAGUGCUAGAUUUGAAUUAUUUGUCAAGUGUUGUAGUAAAUAUUGCAGUAAAACCAAUGUUAUUUAUAUGUCCAUUGUUAAGAGUAUGUUUCCCCUGUUUGCUGUGUUUGCGUGUGUGCUCAUUGAGUUAGACAGCAAAUCACAAGUAAGCAGUCAGAACUACAGACAAUCGGAUUAUUUACAUGGUCAGUCUCUUAUCAGCAGUGGUGGGGGACAUGAUAUAAAAUGUUAGUGAUGUUACAGUACAACAAAUUUCUUCUGUGCUCAGAAAAACACUACCUUCCAAAGAGUUCUUGAACUUUAAUAACACUUCCACAGCUGAGCUGAUACUGAGAAAAAGGGGAUUUUUUUAAAAUGACUACACCAGAACUAGAGUAUGAGUCAACUUUAUCAUUAAAUCUACCAGCAAGUUAAGAUGUUGAAACAAGCAGGGGCACGACUUCUCACUUGGAGUGUGCCUACUUGAGUUCAACUAUUACAAGACCUCUUUUGCUCCGUGGGCUGCCUGUUUAUAAUGUCAUCCAAACGAUCUUUUGAUUCAUUUCAUUAUGGACGUGUUAAAAUGUCUGUGGAUAGAAGUAUUUACAUCGAACAUGUUAACGAACUGGAAAGUCUCCCCAUAGUGUUUUUCCUAUGUGGCAGUACUUCACUCACAGUAGUAAUAUCUCAUGUCAAACUGAGACUUUAGUUCGAGUCAAAACAGAGACCACAACAAAUUGAAUCCUUUUCAAAAGGAUAAUCCCUCUGAAGAUUUCCUCUUAACUAAUCCGCGUGUUUAGUUUGGGUCAGAAAACGUAACGUGUUACUUUUAAUCAACAUGCGUUAAUAACAAAUGUCUGUAUGUGUGUGUGUUGCCUGAAACCAAACAUUCAUAUUUGUGGGAAGUAGGAGUAAGCACUGCACUGAAGUGGACACAGCAUAAAAAUUGCAGAGAAGUCCCUCCAAACACGUGACUCAUAUUAAAUAAGAUUCCACCCAUUUUGUGAAUUCACAUUAUUUUUGUGCACCAGGCGCACGCCAGUGUGUUGCUGAACUUCCACUACACUUUAGUAAAAGAAGAAAUCUGAGAAAACUUGAGUUGUAAAGUGACUUCAUAAUAACAUGUCCAAUGCUGAGUUAGCAGCAGAGUAAAGCAGGCACCUGCUCAUGCAGGGCCUCAGACCCCCAGGGGUCCUCAGGUUACCUGAAACUGGUCCACCGCACAGAAGCUGUCUGGGUAUACUGUUAGAGUGGAAAUAAAGUGGUACCAGAGAUUAUUUCAGUGAAGUGGGAACAGACUGUCUCACCUGUCUUCUUAAUGACAUACUUAA